GGCUGUGGAAAAGAAAAGCGGCUUGAAAUUCACAAUUGUGUUGGGCGAUUCGGUUAAAUCUUCUUCAUAGGCGAUUGCUUAAACCUUCAAUUUGAUUUGUAUUUGAACCUUGUUUCUUAACGAUGGCUUUGAAUCCUCAAUUGUUUCCAAAUGGCGUACCAGUUCCUUUCGUCAACGAGAUGUUCGUCUUGGCUAGAGAAGGCGUCGAAUUUGAGAUUGACAAAAUCCCUAGUGCUCCUGGAGGUCAUGCUAAGACGCAAGGAAUUAUUUACUUGUCAAAUACUAGGAUUGUCUUUGUCGCAAAUAAGCCAAUUGGGGACUUUUUCGCCUUCGACAUGCCUUUGCUCUACAUCAAUGGUGAAAAAUUCAACCAACCAAUAUUCAUGUGCAACAACAUAUCUGGAUACGUGGAACCAGUAGUCCCUGAUGAUCAGAACAGGGCAUUAUACUCUACUCAUUCAUUUAAGAUAAAGUUCAAGGAAGGAGGCUGUGGGACAUUUGUCCCUAUGUUUUUAAACCUGAUUAGAACGGUGAGACAAUUCAAUCGACAAUCUGCCCCAUCUGUAGAGCGCCGAUCAGACCCUCUUCAAGCUACACAGACACCUGUUGAGGAAAUGAUGAGACAUGCGUAUGUCGAUCCUAACGACCCAACAAGGAUAUUCUUGCAGCAGCCUAAUCAAGAAUCUCAGAUGAGGCGUCGCUCGUACCAAUCUCAGCCUGCUGACCACUCCAUAUAGACUCUACUAUGAGAGAAAUGUGAAAUAUCCUGUAUUUUCAGAAAGUAUGUAUGAAGAAAAUGAUUAAUAAUACUUACAUAUUACUACUACUACUACCUCACCUCAUGUAAACUUGAUAUUAUAUUUGAGAAAUAAUAAAGUUGGGUUUGAUAUCUA